GGAAACCAAUAAACUUUCAUAUUUUUUCAAAUGUGUUUCUAAUCAGAAAUAAACAAAAAGUAAAGAGAGAUUUUCCUAGUAAAACACUCUGAGUGCUCUUUGAAGCCACCAUGGAUACUCCAGGGGUUUCGUCAGGUGAUGCGGGGUAUAUCGAUAAAAAGAGGAAAGAGCUGCAAGUGUUUUUUAAGGAUGCCAAGUUCUCUCAGCAAAUGAUUGACAAUGUCAUAGAAAAUGAGUUGAAGCCACUGAAAGAGUUCAGUGAUAAACCUUACAUUGCUGCGUCAGCACCAGGAGAAGUGAAGACCGAGUACGAAGUGAUGACUGGACAGCCUUUCACGCAAGUUGACAAUCUUACAAAGCCUCUUACACGUGAAGAAAUAAAAGUUUUGCUCAAAGAUAAUCCUAUAAUAGCAGAGAAGGCUAAACAAAUACAAAUAGUAAAUAAAACUGAGCACAGGGAAAUAACAAUACCUAUAGAUGAAAUAAACUUGCCCCGUUACAGUGAGAUGACGGAGCAAAGGGCAAUGGCAGCAGAUGACAAAGCCGAAAUAAACAAAAUUAACUACAAUCACAUGCAAUCAUUGUGCAAUUCCGUUAAUAACUAUGAUAUAAAAUGUAAGAAACGUAUACCUCAUGCUGAGGUUGACACUUUCUUUGACUGUGAAGAUGAUGAUGAUUCUGAAUACGACGCUAUCGAAGAAGCAGUUUGUAAAUACACAAACAAGUCGUACGAAACAAGAUUCAAAGAAACCAAAGAAAUGUUAGCAACUUUAGCAGAUAGAGUUGACAACACAGAGCCAGGAAAACUUAUAGAUAAAAGUGAUAUAAUUUUAAGCAAUCCGGUCUUAAGAGAGUCUUCUACAACAGUAGUAAAAGGAGAGCGAAGAAGGAGUAUGUUUGCUAAAGUGAAAGAAAGUUAUGCCAUUAACAAAGAUUUGAAUAUUUCACUCAGAGAUAAUCCUGUAAUGCCUAAUUUAAGUGGCGAAAUCAAAACUAAUCAGCCUGAAAAAAAACAUAAAAAGCCCGAUACAUGCAAAACCUUUGAAAUGAGAUUGAUGGACACGGAAAAAGCAUUACAGAACCUGAAUUUAGUAUUUAAAACGAGAAAUAUUCCUGAAAGUAUCGGAGAAAACACAUUUACCGUUGAAGAUUUAACAAAAAAUAAUGAUUGCAACGAGUCUAUUAUUGAAAACAAGUGUGAGAUUCAAAAAACUAAUUUUGUUGGUUCAGCGUCCCAAAAUUUUGCCGAAAAACUUGAAAAAUCAUUGGAACAUACUUUGGAAAGUAUAGUCAAUAUACCAAGUCAUCAAAAUGAAGAAGACAAACAAAUGGAAGUUCAAGAAAUGAAAAAUUUAACUCGUAACAUUGUUGAAGGGGCUGAUAAUCUUAGCAUUAUGAUCAAUGAGGACAUAACUAACAAACUUAAUUCAAUGAAUGAACUCUUGAACGAUGUUAAUCAGGCUUUAGAAACCUCGAGAAAGUCUGACUUAGCUUAUCAAAAGCUUAAAGAAGAAGGAGACAAAAUAAAACAGGCAAGUGAUAUUAAAAAUAGUCAACUUGAAAGUGUUCGUCAAAAAUCAACAGUAACCGACAAAGAUAUUGAUGACAUUCAAACUGCUAUAGGAAAGUUGAACCAAGAAAUUAAAUGUCAUGAAGAGCGUGUUGAUAAAAGUAUAGAACGCUACAAAAUGAGAAACAAAGAAUGUACGGAAUUUAUGGCAGAAGUUGAUGAAGUGUUGUUAAAGUCGCACCAAAUACUUCAUCCAACUAAAGACAUCAGUGCUAAAACUUCUGAUACAGUAAAUAAAAACUUGACCGAAGAGAAAAUUGUAGACCAACAAGAAUUGUAUGAAUCUGAAAAGAAUGAUGGAAAAAAGGGAAAAGAAUGGGAUGUGAACUUGGAUUUGAGUGAUGAAACUAAUAAAAAGCUUGCAGUGUUUAAAAAGCAAGAACAAGAACGGAGCAAACGUAUUGAUGGUCUGCUUCACGAUAUAAAAGAUCGGAUGAAGGAUAAUAAAGAAGUAUUAAGACUGGCAAAUAACUUGCUCAGAAGGGAAGAAGGAAAGAAUAAAAUUCUAGAAGAUAAUAAACUAUCGAGUGAAGUUGAUUUAAAGGCACAGGGAGAUUUUAUUGCUGUCCACGAAGGAUCUGAAAAAAAUAAGGUUUCAUCAGUAUCUGAAGUAUUUAAAGCUGAGCCUACUGAUUCCGGAGAAAUGAAGAAGAAACGGGAAGCUGAUGAAGAGAGAGUGAGGCAAAGGGAGUUUCAGCGGAAGAUAGAAAAAGAUAUGGAAGAGAUGGACCAGAGACCACGAAUGACGAAAAAGUUUAUACGAGACCACUGCAGACAACACAAGCUGUAUUGCACACCGCGUUUGAAUGACAAUCUCUAUUUACACUUCAAAGGUUUUACUAAAAUAGAGAAUCUUGAAGAAUACACAGGGCUUAAAUGCAUAUUCUUGAACAACAACGGCAUCGAUAAAAUUGAAGGGCUCGACAAUCUCAGCGAGCUCCGAUGCCUCUACCUGCACUACAAUGUCCUGAGGAAGAUCGAGAACCUCGAUGGCUGCCCUAAAUUGGACAGUUUAAAUGUGGAGCACAAUUUCAUACCCGUUAUUGAAAAUUUGGAUGUUGUCCCAGUCCUUCACAGCCUGAAUAUUUCUCAUAAUAUGCUUACCACAGUGGACGACCUCAUUCACUUGAGAACUUGCAAGAAUCUAUCAGUCCUAGAUCUAUCCUACAACCGAAUCGAGGACCCUCUUAUAGUAGACAUAUUGGCUGAUAUGGAUAUUUUAAAAGUGCUAGUCCUAACUGGCAACCCAGUGAUCCGCAACAUCCCAGCGUACCGCAAGACGCUGACGCUCCGGCUGAAGGAACUGCUCAAUCUGGACAACAUCCCGGUGUUCCCCCGGGACCGCGCCUGCGCCCUCGCGUGGCAGCGCGGAGGGGUGCAGGAGGAAAUUGCAGAGAGGAAACGAUGGAUCCAGAGGGACCAAGACAAGGUGAACGAGAGCGUCCGCUACCUGAUCCGGAUCAGGGACGAGAACCUCGCCAAGAGACAGGAGAGGGAGAAGGAGGCCAGGGAGAAACUGCUACUUGAAAAUCCGGAUCUUGCAAAGCAACACGAUGAAGACAGUGAAAAAAAGGAAGAAAGCUUUUCAGAAGAAGAAGCUCCAAUUGCAAACAAAUACGAUAAAAUUGUAACAACUAAAGAUGGCAUAGCGGAAGACAUGCUCUCAGGAUCUGAAGCUGAGAGUUCUGAUAGUGAUGAAAGCAGCAGUACUAGCUCUGAUGGUCAUGAUGAUGAUGAUGAAGGGCAAAAAACAGGAGAGAUAGAAUGGUCACAGUUGAACGCAGGAAAGCGAAUGGUGCAGGAGAUUAAAGAGGAGACGCCGCAACCGGUGGAAGAAGAGUACUGGUACGGGUACCGGGGGGAUCUGAAACCCAAUCCCAGACAGGAUACAGCGGCUGGUUUGGAAUUAGACCAAUUGAGCAAUUUACUUUUCAAUCAAACACCUCACGUGGAAAGUAGGAAGAGAGUCACAAAGAUUCUGGAUGAGGCCAAAACCACGAAAUCUACGAUAGCAAUAUCCGAAGAUAUUGAUUCCGAAAUUGAGAAACCAAACCAAACAUUUGCAGAAAAGAAGCCUCUGAUAGAAGUUAUAGAAUCACGGUGUGUAAUUGAUGAAAUAAAGUCAGAGAACGAUUUAGACGAUAAAAUUGAGGCAGUAACUGGCAUUGUUAAAGACAAAGGUCUUAUCAUAGACCAUGAUAGAAAAAUUGCUUUCGAAGAAUCAAAAGAAAAGCCGUUCGUUAACGUUAACCAUGGCGAUGCUAGCACCACACUCAAAAAGCCCCUGAAAAAGAUCGCGAUUGAAGAAGUUAAACAAUCAGAGACUAAAAAUGACAGCGAUAAUAAUCCUGAACAAAAUGAUUCUAAUGAUACAGAAAGACCUAAAAAUAAAAGUGAAAAUAAUAAAGAAGAUGAUGAAGUUGAUGGAAAAACGGGUGAAGAUAAAACUAUUGAUGCGGCUGGAUCCUCUGCUACCUCAAGGCCGCUUAAUACAGAAGAAAGCCUAGCAGCGGUUCAACAUAACUCAGGCGAUGGUAUUGCUUUGAUAAACUAUAUGCGAAGAAUGUCACACUCUAGAGGAGACCACGAAGAGUAUGAUGAUGAUAACGAAGACCUGAAGCCAAGUGCUGAAGACUUGCAGAUAUUUGAGGAGUUGGAUCGAGAGCAAGAGGAAAGAGAGGCUCGCAUAGCUAGGGGAGAGCCACCUGUGGAUCCCAUGAAAUUGUACGACAAGAAAACAAUGGAUGAGUUUCACAAAGCAGAAGAUAAACAGCCGACUGUGACACAAAAUGUAAAGAAGAAGACAAUGUUUACAACUUACAAACAUGAUAACGCUUUCGACAGAAUCGCUCUUAGUCAGCUCACUGGUGGAGAGAGACCCGAUCACAAUAAGAUCAAAUUAACACAUGUCCCAGGGGCUGUCUUAUUCCAAUAUGUUGAUAAACCAGCAAAGUCACAGGAGUUGAAAUACGAAGUAGGUGAGGAAAAUAUGGACGGGCAAUCUUCAUUGGGUGAUACUGAUAUUAUUGUCGUUUCGAAUAAGUCUAUUUCUUCUACUAAAGUUGAAGAAACUGCUGAAGAAGCUGAAAAUGUUGCACUUGAUACUGAUAUAACCAUUUAUGAGACUGUAAAGUCAACGGAUUCCGAUAGUUUUCAAGUCCCAACUAGCUCCACACCGAAAAAAGAUGAAGAAAAACAAAAGAGACCUCGCGUUCAAAGUGCUAGAAGAAACACUGAUAUGCCAUCUACGUCUUACGCUUCUAUGUUAGAUGCGGACAGAGAUGAAGCGAAACAAUCCAUCAUAGAUACUAUCAAUUCUUACGAAGACGAAAGGUUUCCGUCACAAGGUGUAAAAUACGACGACAUGGCGGAAAACGCGCGCAUAGACGACACAGUAGCCGGCGAGAUAUUCGACCGGACGCGUCACUUGGAGGAACAGGAGCACUACCGGCACAUCGACCAGCUGACCAGCCACGCAGGCAGGGUAGACAACCACACCAACCAGAUCAUUGAGCAGAUCUCCGAUCAACUGUCGCAUGAGCUAUCGUUGCCAGAUGUUUCGCGCAUAAUAGAAGGGCACAUGAAUGCAGCUGCGCAAAGAUGGAAGGCAGGAGAGUACGUCCACUACAUACCCGAGUCUCCACCAGAGUCCAUCAUAGAUCCUGAAGAAGAAAGAACGUUGGUACCAAGUGACACAUCUUUCGAGGACACACUCACAGAGGAUGACAUUAAAACAGAAGAGAAAUUGUUAAAAAUUGAUGAACAGAAUUCGGACCAUGAAAAUGACAUGGAUAUUGAAGACGUAAGAAUCAAUGAUGAUUCCGGUAUUGGCAAUGAAGCUGACAAUUCAGUUAAUAAUAAUGAAGAAUUUGAACGGGUCGAAGAGAAUUACUCUAUAGAAAUGAAAUUAGCUUUAGGCAUCGAUGACAAAAAUGUGUAGGUAAUCCACAGUUAUUAGGUAGGCAGUAGUUUAGUUCCUUUUGGUUUCAGAUAUGCAUGUUACCUACA